UUGAGGUAUAUAAAGAUGUGAGUUGAGCUGCGAAGGAGUAAGCUUAGAACGCAUCAUUUAUCAAACAUCGCAAACUAUCCACUUCAAAGAAAUCAUCAGACAAAAUGGUUACUGUUGCAGUUGCUGGAGGUACAGGCAAGGUUGGUCGAACCCUUGUCGAGGCCAUUGUUGCUGCAGGAGAGAAUAAAGUCGUCAUUCUCAGCCGAGAGGAAAACAAGGCACUGGAAGAAAAGAUUGGAGCUUCUGUCCUGGCUGUAGACAUUCAUAACAUCGAUGCCCUGACUCAGCUGUUUGAAAAGCACAAUGUGCACACAGUAAUCUCGACACUUGGCAUGAAUGGGCCAGUACCUAUCGAGAUUGAUAUUAUUCGUGCAUCAGAAGCAUCUCAGGCAACAAGACGAUUCAUCUCGAGUGACUGGGGUCUUCCCCAUACAGAAGAGCACGCAGCUCAGGCUAAUUCAGCAAACAACAAACUCCGUGCUCAAGACGAGCUACGCAAGACAAACCUCGAAUGGACAUCUGUUCAUAUCGGCUUCUUUCUUGAUUUCUGGGGCUCCUCUAAAUCAGCUGCGAAAUCAAACUUGCACACCCCUUCAACCUUUGUUGAUAUCAAACAUCGAGCCGCUGCUAUUCCAGGAUCUGGAGAUGUUCCUGUCACGUUUACGUACAGUCGAGAUGUAGCAAAAUUUGUGGCUGCACUUCUAGACCUUGAGAAAUGGGAUGAAGCAACGUACAUCAUUGGCGACAAAGUCACGUUCAACGAGAUGGUCAAGAUUGCCGAAGAAGCUACAGGUGAUAAGUUCAACGUUGUUUAUGAUAGUGUUGAGACACUUGAGAAGGGGGAGUUGAGUGAGUUACCAGGUCAUGAGGCGAUGUUUGCCAAUAUUCCUGCACCCAAGGCGGUCAUGAAAAAGGUGAUGUCUGCAUAUGGUUUGUGGGCAGAGAGUGGUGGUUUCAACUUGGAUGAGAGCAAGGCUCUCAACAAGUCGUUCCCUGAUAUCAAGCCUAUUACUGUUCGGGAGUUUCUGGAAGAUGCUUGGGGUAGCGAGAAGAAAUAGAGUCGGUAACACUUUGUUUUCUUCAAACAUAGCUUUCAUGCAAUCUUUUUCAUAGUAUUAUUUUGAGAAAAGGUACAAACCUUCAACUAUGUGCUCAAAAUGUUUAUAUCAGAAGCCCUUAUCAGUCACGAA